UUACUCGACCCCACCCUCUCCCCCCUUAUUCCUUUUUUCUUUCUCCUUCGAUCUUUCAUUCAAGUCUCCGCCUUCAUUCUUCGUUUUCUUCGCGUGUUCUUCGUCAUUCUGUGGAACUCGGCUUCGCUUCAUGCUCCCGACGUCCCUGCGCCCGUGAACACCAAGCGCCCUGUACAUACCGUUUCAUCAACAACAUCGUUGGUCGGCGUUGGCGGUUUGAGCCCUGCAUCCGUUCAUUCGAUUUCUGUAUAUACUUCUCUUUCGUUUCGUUUUGAUAUACCAACGGAGACUAGCUGCGACAAGGGUCUUUCCUGCGAAUAGGGGUAGACCACGCGACACGCACUUUUUUCGGGAGGAGACAUUGCACAGGAUCGACACAAACCGCAUCUGAACGCCGAUGCUAGGCGCUUGAGCCCGGAAUUCAACAACGGUUCCCCUUCUUCGACUCAUCUUUUGUACCACACACUCGCUGGGAGUCACGAUGGCAUCGAGCAACGAAUCGACCUCGGUCGAUCUGGGGAAGCCCCAGUUCGCUUCUCACUCAUGGGUUGAGCCGAUUAUAGUCGUCAGUAUCAUGCUCAGCUCGCUAUACUUCAACCGUCGCAGGGACUUCAGCAUCUUCGGCAAGAACAACAAUCGGGAUCUAGGGUCGUCGCAUCCGUUGUACAUGAAAGAUGAAGAGGCGAAUGAGUCGAUUGACAAUUUAUCGGAGGGGGACAUCAAUGGACAAUUCCAGUCGGGCCCCGGAGUCGGCAACAACUAUCCUCCCAAGCGUCGGAAUUGCCUGUGGUUCACGGUCAAGACGCCCAACUCGUCUCGUUUUGCCCGUCACUUCCACAGCCGCAUCCUGCAGAAGUUCCCUUUCCUGGUUGAGAUGUUCUACUGGGUCAUGAACUAUCUCUUCUACUCCUGCACCAAGGCAGUGGCCCAGUCCCUGUCUCCCGCCGGUCGCGACGUCGUACAACUUGCCCAGGACCAUGCCAUCGGGGUGCUGAACCUGGAACACAACUCGUUCCUCAGCAUCUUCUUCCCCAUUGAGGAGGCAGACUUCCAGGCCUUCUUCAUCAACGGCCAUCCGAACUGGAUGACUUUCUUCAACCGCAUCUACUCCCUGGUCCACAUUCCUGGAACGGUCGCUUACCUCUCGUGGUGGUACUAUGCCGCCCCCGACUUCGAGCGCUACGCCAUCGCGCGCCGCACGAUGACCCUCGGAAAUUUCAUGGCCUUCAUCAUCUUCUGCUUCUGGCCCCUCAUGCCGCCCCGCCUGCUGCCUGAAUCCUUUGGGUUCCACGACACCGUCCGGCAAGAGCAUGCGGAAAGUGUCUGGGUCGGCGGCAAGAUGGUCAACCAGCUGGCGGCCAUGCCCAGCCUGCACUUCACCUACGCCUUCUGCAUCGGCAACACUUUCUUCUACCACUCCGGGGUCUUCCACCGCCUGUUCGGCAAGCGGUCGGCCCGCAUCACCCUCCGGGAUAUCUUCCUCGUCAUCCUGGGCGUCGUCUACCCCAUGCUCGUGCUGUCGGUCAUCGUCGCCACUGCCAACCACUACUGGCUCGACGCGGUGGUCGCCACCUUCUCGGUGGUCUUCUCGUUCUUCUGCAAUCGCAUCUGGAUGAUCCUCCUCCCGCUGGAGGACAUGUUGCUGUGGGUGCUUCGGCUGGAGAAGCCGAUUCCCACAACGGGCAGCCGACGCCGCGGCGGGCUGACCGAUGAUGAGAACGACCGUGACGGUAUCGAGUACCGUCCUCUAUGAUAUAUACGACCGGCAGCCGGUCCGCCAUAUACGGCAAUGAAACCGAGCAGUUUAAAAUAUAUGCUCAUUGACAAUAGAAUUUAAUCGUUUCUGAC